AUGUCAAACUACCAGGAGGCUCUGCCUCUCGACGCAGUCAGUGGGAUGUAUGCCGAAGUACACGAUGCCACCACUCUCAAGCUUGGCCACUCCAACGCAUGUACUCUCCGGAAAAGGUCUCUUGCUAUUGCCACACAUUUCGUUAAUGAUGCAAUUGUUCUUCCACAUCUCGCAGUGAAUGCCCUGCACAUACCGACAUUCGGAGGAUGCAAAGACACGGCUCAUCCUGGAGCCGCUGCCAAGUUGGCCAAGUACGAAAUCCCUUGCAUACUGCUGUGCGUCCACAACUACAUCGGGCUGAACUUGCAUACCACGAUCUCACCGCAAGAGCGAGCUGAAUUGCUCGGCCGGGCUGGCUGGGACUCGGGGAAGCACUCGCCGUCGCUGGCAAGUGUUGAGCUUCAAUCCGACAAUCGGUCUUACGUCACCGCGGUCAGGAAUGCCGAGCAACAGAAGAAGCAACCCUCGCCCUCGCCCACGAGACUCCACCUUGACGAUGGAAAGGCAGUCGCCAGAUCCCUACAUAGAUCGCUCCAGCUCGUAAAGUGGCCUGCCAAGGAGAGGAUUGCCGCAGCUUGGAUCGAUAGCAUCAGUCCCGACAUCAAAUUCAAAUCGCCCUAUCCGGUCCACCACCGUGCUAACGAUCGAGCUGGAGUCCCAGCGAUCGAGCCCAACGAGAGCUGUGCCGAGCAAGGUUGGACGGCGUACCUAAGGGGUUUGAUCAAGGAAGAACUGUUUGCCAAUUUGCCGGGAAACUCGCGCGAGAGCGCCGAGCAGCGCCAAAGGAAUUUGGAUCGAAUGUUCGAGCUGGCGAGCAUGGAAGAGGCCUGUCAACGGAAGAGAGACAGGGCCACGAUCGCCUGCCACGACAACAGCGGGAAGCUCACACGGACAUUGCCACCAGCAGUCAAGGAGUCCAGUGCAUGUGCAGAGUCCUCAAGCACAGCUCCACCCAUCUCAGCCUGCCUUUCGAGCCAAAAACGACGAAGGAGUGACUCGGCGUCUGGCGCAGAUGGAAGGGUGAAGCAGCGAAAACGACGAUCGACCGCGCAACCUCGCACGCCAGCAUCCUCAAAUACUAAGCGGCAAACCACGAAGCUUUCUCGCCGGCCCGUUGAGUACAGCAAUGCCUCAUCGCCUGAAUUCGACGAGCCAACAACAGUCACGGCCAUGUCCACGGCCGCUCUCCAAGAGUUCUGCAAGAAUGCAAUUCGCAGCGGGAAGAUGAUACAUGUCCCUGAGGAGACACCCUUAGCUCAGCACAACUCUUCCGAUGGUGAUCUUGGAGGUGUUGCCCCGCAACAGCAGCCGCAAUUGGAGAAGAGUCCUUGGAGCGAUGGUGCCCUACGCCUACCAAUGUAUCAUCACCACGCUCCGACUUCUUCCCCGUCAUUCCCUGGCAACAUCGAGCAAUUCCAUCCAUUCCCUGGAAACGACAAUCCGACGGCUUCUUGCGAGCAGCAGGGCAAUCCCUGGCCGAUCUUUACAGUGGUCCCGGAAUUGGCUUAUACUCAACAUGCUCAACAUGCUCAACAUGCUCAACGUUCUCGGCAACUUCAACAACUCCCAAACUCGCCGUCGACUGCGAUACCUGCAAAUUCAGGCAUGUUGUACCUCCCGCCAAACAUAUCCGCGAUGCCAUACCCAACCAACGGGCCAGGCGUCCUACCGAGCAUGUCUGCCCAGACGAGUCUCACCGGUCGGGCACUCAUCUCACCAACCGUGGAUGCUACCCCAGACUCAACCGGUAUACCAUCAUAUUACGGCAGUGGUGUUGACUUUCUUCAGCAUCCUUUCCAAUCACCGCAAUUCGGUCACAAUGAUUUUACGAGAUAUCGUCCGAUCGCGCCGAAAAGUACUUCGUUGAAAGCGCCUAUAUAG